AUGGGGAAAAGGGCAGCCGCUACCCGGCCUGCUUCGAACAUACCCCCGGAGUUGCAGAAGCAAAUUGAUCUUGCAAAGCAACUUCACAAGCCAGUGGCAACACCUUCGCGCGGGGCGCCCUCGCCCUCGGAGAGCUUCAGCAAGUCUGACAAGUCUGCAGUGCUUUUGAAAUCCCCGGAAAAGAAGAAAGCCAAGCUUGCCGACGACGCGCAGCUGGACAACAAGCCGACUUUGCGCUGGGGGCAAUCGGGCACCGAUGUGGAGUCGCAGGUUCCGGACGACGAGCAGCAACUCAACUGCGAUUUCUGCGGCUUGCAUGGCUAUGACAUGGGCGGCGCUACACCGUGGAUCCGCAAGGGCUGCGAGAUCUUCUGCAGCAACACGUGCUACGAGCAGGUGGUUGCCGACGAACGGGCGAAGGCUGAGCAGAGGUUGAAGACCAUGAUCAAGGAGAAGCGCAAGGCCUCAGCGCAGAAGGCUAAAAAGGAUGAGCAAGCGCCGGUCAUCGAGAUCAAGGACACGCCAAGCAUGGAGGAGAUCGGCAAGGCGCUGGCGGAGACGCCUACACAGCCUGACGAAGUUGCAGACGAAAUGCAAAUCGAGCAGGGUAAGGACGAGACCAUGAACGCGGAGACGGGCACGACCGUCGAGCAGAAGGGUGGCACCCUGACCGAGCAGCGCAAGGACAAGAACGCGGAGACGGGCACGGUUGAGAGCAACGCGGCGGCGCAUGUCGAGCAGAAGGGUUGCACGCUGACCGAGCAGGGCAAGGACAAGAACACGGAGACGGGCACGAUUGAGAGCAACGUGGCGGCGCAUGUGGAGCAGAAGGGUGGCACGCUGACCGGGCAGGGCAAGGACGAGACCAUGAACGCGGAGACGGGCACGAUUGAGAGCAACGCGGCGGCGCAUGUCGAGCAGAAGGGUGGCACGCUGACCGAGCAGGCCAAGAACACGGAGACGGGCACGAUCGAGAGCAACGCGGCGGCGCAUGUCGAGCAGAAGGGUGGCACGCUGACCGAGCAGGCCAAGGACAAGAACGCGGAGACGGGCACGGUCGAGAGCAAGGCGGCGUCGCAUGUCGAGCAGAAGGGUGGCACGCUGACCGAGCAGGGCAAGGACGAGACCAUGAACGCGGAGGCCGACACAAUCGACGGCAAGGCGGUGGUGGAGACGCCUACGGAGCACAAGGGCGCCGCGCCGGCAGUCCCUUUGGAGCGCAAGGGCAGCCUCAAGCUACUACGGGACCGCCUUCACGAAGUACACGAGAGCAGGAGCUCAUUCUUGCAGCUGAUGAUUGCGGAAGCCAUCAAGAUGGCAGCAGACGCCCCGCAGUUCGAGGAGCAUCUCUCCAGACUGCAAGAGACGCAGAAGCUACUAAAUUUGCAGGAAGAGGACCUGUGCGUGGAGUUCGAGAAGCUAUCGUUGGAGCAGCCGCCGGUUGAUGUGGAAGCUGUGCGCAACUCGCUUGAGCGGGCCUCAACACGCGAGAUUAACGGCACGGAUGACUCUUCAAAGAAGCAAGCCGCGGCAGACACAGAGGAGUCCCACAUAGUGCUCAACGCCAAAUCGUCGAGUACUUCGCGGCGUUUUGGCAGCUACAGGUGGCGCAAAUUCAGCGAGAUUGCUGCGGAGUUCGGGGAGGGCGUGGCCCUUGAGAUGCAGGAGUACAAGAAGUCCCAGGGGGCAAAGUGGUACAGAGUGCACCCGGAUAGGCCCACGGACCCCAAUUGGAGCCUUCUCAAAAUCUUUGAUUCUGCCCAUGAAGAACAAGCCAGCGAAGAUGAGAUGAACUACAACUUCACCAGCGGGGGGAAUCUCGAUGCCGAAGGGACCAACAACAUGACGCGGCGCCUCAUCGAAGAUCAAGACGCCCGCCAAGACGGGAACGCUGGCGGCCUUGCCGGCGACAAAGUGGCCGGCGCCGGCGGGGAGCCGACUGGGGUCCCCGGGGUGGGGGGCAACAAGAUCGAUAAGCCUGCAAGAAAAGCCAAAGAAAAGACUGUGAAGCAACAGGCGCAAGGUUUGCUGAAAACAACGGCAACCAAGAUCACGGAAUCAAAAUGCUGGCGGAGCAAAAUGCAGGAAGCAGCGGUGCUGCUCGGCUAA